CCGGAGUACAGUUUUAUUUGAUGUUUAUUCAAAAAGUAUCGGGACGUGACAUUUUGGUAUCAGAGCCGGAACUCCUCUGUUUCUUGGUCUCCAAGAAAUACUGGGGUAACGGUCUGAGUUGUCUUAAAAGAAAUUGGUCAUUUCAAGGAAAAGGAGUCUUGAAAGUCAAAGGUUUAUGGCCAAAAGUGAGUCAAGGUUCCUUUUUAAAACUCAUAGGUGUCUCCAGUCUACUAAAACUGUAACAAGAUAAUGACACAAAGCUAAUAAAUCAUGCUUAACCUGUAGAGGAGGAGACGUUCACGACCAACCACUCCAGUGUAGGCCUCCGCCAGACUACAAGACUUUCCGGAGUCGGAAAGUGGAGGAUUUCUACGGAGAUCGAUCGAUGGACCCCACCUUGGUCGAAAGGUGGUUGUCCAAAGUCUCACGCACACUACAAGAGAUGCGAGCUGACGACGAGGAUCGAGUGCUUCUGACAGUGUCCUUACUACAGGACUCGGCUUACGACUGGUGGUCGAAUCAACCAGUAAGCCAGGAGGAUCCACCAGCUUGUACGUGGGAAGAAUUUGUGCUAAUGUUCCGAGAUCACUACAUCCCAGAGGUGUAUCGGAAUGCCAAGAGAAGGGAAUUUUUGCUGAUCAAGCAGAAGUCGGGUCCUGAUGGAAGGGAGUCGGUGGCGGAAUACACGACUCGUUUCGAAAGGUUGUUGGAUUACGGGGGACUUUCAUUUCGCGAUGAGAAGAUCCAGCGUAACCACUAUCUAGAGAACCUGAGGCCUGAUCUUAGGCGGGGGUUGAGUACCCAGAAUUGGACCAGUCGUGAGGACAUCUAUCAGGCGGCACUCCGCCUAGAAAGAGUGGAUCAGCACAUCCACGAAGACAGGAUGCAAAGGGAGAACUCCAAGAGGAAGUUCGGGAGCACGUCAGGAGGGCCCAGUAACGAAGGGCAGAUCAAGAGGAGGCCGAGUGGGCCGACCCAUUAUAGGGGAAACCAGGGACAGAACGGUCCACCCCGGACAGGUCCGACCUAUGGCAACCGACCUCUUUGUAACAAGUGUGGGAGAGGCCACUCAGGCGAGUGCAAGGUGGAUUUCGGCGGAUGCUACAUCUGUGGCGGGAAGGGCCAUUUCGCCAGAGAAUGCCCGAAUAAGAAGGGAUAUGGUGGGGGAGACGGGAAUCGGCCCACAAACCAGUUUGGCAGGCAGCCAAACCGACCUGGAGGCCAAGAUGGGCAAUUCAACCGCAAUGAGCAGAACAGAGGCCAGGCGCCUCCGGCAGGUGGUCAACCGCGGCUUUUUGCGGCGAGAAGGGAUGAAGCCGAGGAAGCUCCAGAAGUGGUGACUGGUACGGUUUAUCUUUACGGUCGUCCUGCUUUCGUAUUAUUCGAUUCAGGCUCUACGCAUUCUUUUAUAGCAGAUAAAUUUGAUAGAAUGCUAAGGUUACCAUCCAUAAAGUUGAGCCAGAACCUAGGAGUAAGAACUCCCAUAGGAGACACCUUAAUAGUGGACUCCGUCAUCAGAGAUUGUCCGAUAAUUGUAGCUGGGUACGAGAUCGAGGCGAACUUGAUCUUACUACCUUUCGAUGAAAUCGAUGUCGUUCUGGGAAUGGACUGGUUGUCCAAGAACAGAGCGAAGGUAGAUUGCUACAAAAAGGAAGUUAGCUUUGAAAUAGAAAGAAAGGGCACAGCUCUAUUUCAGGGAACCAGGAAGUUGGUUCCGGGAGGACUGAUCUCCGCAAUGAAAGCCUUUGCCCUAAUUCAAGAAGGUUGCGAGGCAUACUUGUGCCACGUCAAAGUAGCGCAGGAAAAGAAGUUGGAGGAUGUGCCAAUAGUGAGGGAUUACCCCGAGGUAUUCCCCGAAGCUCUUCCAGGAUUACCGCCACAGAGGGAGGUGGAAUUCGACAUAGAGGUGGUUCCCGGUACAGCACCCAUCUCUAUUCCACCUUAUCGAAUGGCGCAAGUGGAGCUCAAGGAACUAAAGAAGCAAUUGGUAGAAUUACUGGAGAUGGGUUUUAUCCGUCCUAGUGUUUCACCAUGGGGAGCACCAGUUCUGUUCGUGAAGAAGAAGGAUGGGAGCAUGAGGCUGUGUAUCGACUAUCGAAAGUUGAACAAGGCAACCAUCAAGAAUCGCUAUCCUCUACCAAGGAUAGAUGAUCUUUUUGAUCAGCUGCAAGGAGCGAUGGUAUUCUCAAAGAUCGAUUUGCGGUCAGGAUAUCAUCAACUUCGAGUGGCAGACGGUUCGGUCCCUAAGACAGCUUUCCGAACCCGAUAUGGCCACUAUGAGUUCUUGGUCAUGCCUUUCGGCUUGACGAAUGCCCCAGCCGCUUUUAUGGCAUUAAUGAAUCGAGUACUCCAUGAGUAUCUUGACAAAUUUGUCAUCGUGUUCAUCGAUGACAUACUCAUUUACUCGAAAAGCGGGCAGGAGCACGAAGAGCACCUAAGACGAGUACUGCAAAAGUUAAAGGAGGAGGAGCUAUACGCUAAGUUCUCCAAAUGCGAUUUCUGGCUGGAAGAGAUCAUGUUCUUAGGCCACAUGGUCUCUGGCAGAGGAGUUGAAGUGGACCCCAAGAAGAUUGAGGCUGUGAUGAAUUGGGCCCCUCCCAAAAAUGUCUCGGAAGUACGAAGUUUUUUGGGAUUAGCUGGGUAUUAUCGGAGGUUCGUAGAGGGUUUUGCCAGCAUCGCAAAACCAAUAACCCAGUUACUCCAGAAGGGAAAGGCAUUUACUUGGGAUGAGAAAUGCAAGAAAGCAUUUGAAGUACUAAAGGAGAAGCUGACGUCAGCACCGGUGUUAACAUUACCGACCAGUGGUGGGGAGUAUUGCAUUUACAGCGAUGCAUCUCACCAAGGGUUAGGUUGUGUAUUAAUGCAAGACAAGAAGGUAAUCGCUUACGCCUCAAGGCAACUGCGACCACAUGAAGUGAACUACCCGACGCAUGACCUAGAGUUGGCAGCCGUGGUAUUUGCACUUAAGUUGUGGAGGCAUUACCUGUAUGGCGAGACUUUCACGGUCUUUACUGACCACAAAAGUCUCCAACAUUUGACGGACCAGAAGGAGUUGAACAUGAGGCAGAGAAGGUGGCUAGAACUCUUAAGCGACUAUGAUUGUACUAUCAAGUACCACCCAGGAAAGGCGAACGUGGUAGCAGACGCACUAAGCAGGAAGAGGGAAAGUCCACUUCCAGAAUUAGUCGCUUUGAGGGCCAUGAAUGUGGAGUUAGAACUUGAGGAGGUGACUAAGCUGUUAGCCACUCUGAAAGUUCGACCAAUGCUACAAGAACGGAUCAAGGAGAAGCAGAGCGAGGAUCCUAGCUUGGAGAAACGUAAGAAGGAAGUUCUAGAAGGGAAGGAUACGAAGUUCCGAUUAGAAGAUGGAGUGCUAUUGUGUAAAGGCAGGUUGUGCGUGCCAGAUGUCGAUAAACUGAGGGAAGACAUUCUGGACGAGGCACAUUCUGCACCUUAUGCGAUGCAUCCAGGAGCUACCAAGAUGUACCGCACCCUAAGGGAGCAUUUCUGGUGGCCAGGACUGAAGAAGGAUGUGGCAACACACGUUUUCCAAUGUUUGGAGUGCCAGAUGAUAAAAGACGAACACCAAGCCCCAGUUAUCGAACAUUUACCACUUGAAAUUCCUCAGUGGACUUGGGAGAAAGUCACUAUGGAUUUCGUGUACGGGUUACCCAGGACCCCGAGAGGUAAUGAUGGAGUAUGGGUUAUAGUAGAUCGUUUCUCAAAGUCUGCUCACUUCAUACCCAUCAAGUUCAAACCAGGCAUGGAGGAACUUGCAGAGCUGUACAUUAAGGAAAUUGUGCGGCUGCAUGGAGUCCCUGUCAGCAUCGUGUCUGAUCGCGAUCCAUCCUUUACCUCACGAUUCUGGAGCAGUUUCCAAAAGGCGUUGGGCACGAAGGUGUACUUUUCGACCGCCUAUCACCCACAAACCGAUGGGCAGUCAGAAAGGACGAUUCAGACCUUGGAGGAUCUGUUAAGGGCAUGUGUCUUAACCAUGAAGGGAGCAUGGGAUACACACUUACCGUUGUUGGAGUUCGCCUACAACAACCAAUAUCAUAGCUCGAUUCAGGCAGCCCCAUAUGAAGUGUUGUAUGGAAGGAAAUGUCGUACCCCUUUAUGUUGGGAUGCCGAGGGCAUGAGACAGUUGGAGGGACCAGAGAUGGUCCAGAAAUCACUAGAGAAGAUAGAGGUCAUUCGGCGGAACUUGAAAGCAGCCCAAGAUCGGCAGAAGAGCAACGCCGAAAGACCAGGAGAUCCUCGUCAGCAUGAGGUGGGAGAUCGAGUAUUUCUGAGGGUAUCGCCUUGGAAGGGGGUUAUGAGGUUCGGCAAGAAGGGGAAACUCAGCCCCAGAUAUAUAGGACCGUACGAAGUGCUUGAACGUAUCGGGCCCUUAGCUUAUCGUCUAGCCUUACCUCCCAGUUUAUCAAGGAUACAUGACGUGUUUCAUGUUAGCAUGCUGAAAGCGUAUCGGUUUAAUCCCGAUCAUGUAAUUAGGCACGAGGAUAUACAACUAGAAGACGAUUUGACUUUUGAGGAGGUCCCAGUCCAGAUAAUUGACAGGCAGGAGAAACAGCUUCGAAGGAAGAAGAUAGCUAUGGUAAAAGUAGUCUGGAGGAACCAAGGUAGCGAGGCAGCUACGUGGGAAACGGAGAUUAGUAUGAGGGAGAAAUACCCCGAUCUUUUUCAGUAAUAGCCUUACAGUCGGUCCUUCCGAUCUUCAAAUUUCGGGACAAAAUUUUUAUAAGUAGGGAGGAAAUGUAACACCCGACCUUCAGAUUUAUAUAUAAGAUUAUUCGUGGUUUUCAGUGCGUAGAAAUUUUGUGUAUCUCCGUGGUCAAAACGAAAGGAGCGAACGAAAAUUUAAGUGGGGGAAGAAAUUUGCGAUCUCAGCAAAUGGGUUGUGGAAAAGACGAAUAUUCUGGAGUGUUGUGUCAGAUAUUUCGAACAAAUCUUGAUUCCACAAUUUAGAGAAUUCUUCUACGAUCACGUGGAAUUUUACAGAUCUUAAAUCCGAGUCCAAACGAGUGAGAUAAGUUAGUUCGAAGUAGGCUGGAAAAUACCCUACCUUAAAACCCGACCGGGUAUUUAAGUUAGGUCAGACCGGGUAUUUCAGUGGUCCGACCGUGACCUAACUUUUAUUAUUUUUUUAAAAAUACCCGGUCAGAAACCUGAAAUACCCGACAGGGUAUUAGACAGGGUUUUUCCAAAAAUCAGCCUAUAAAAGGGGGGGGGGGGAUUUCCAACUUCCAUUUCACACCAAAAUUCGUAUUAACGAAUAGAGAGAGAGAGAGAGAGGGCAGUUCUAGAGAGAGGGAGUGUCGAGCAAGAGAGACGAAGUGCUCGAGGACGGUCUGCAAUGGCUGUGCAGAGUCGAGGUUCCGUCAGAAAUAAGGUAUGUGGACCCUACGGUAAAUAGGCGAUGUUUUACUGCAUGCGAUAUAUGGAAUGUUGAACAUAGCUGAGGUUCUGAAUGAAGAUAUAAUAGAGGAUGUUGUUAUUAUAAUUUAAAUACUCGAGUAGAAUUGGAUGAUGCUUAAAUCGAGUAUUGGGAAGUUACGAUGUUGAAAUUAAUCCCUACCAAUCGUGAAAAUUUGAAUAAUGGACAGCUACCAUGGGGGGAUUCUGUCUAAGGCUAGUGGUUUUUAAUCGAGACCUUCGUGGUACUCGCCCACUUACCUGGGAAUUCACCCGGUGAAAUCUUUGGGAUUAUGGUUGUAAGAAGUGCGCUACGAGUAGUGGCACCCAUUCCUUUUCUCGGAGUUUUUACCACGGCAAGUCCGUCUUUCAAAUUACUUGGUGAUUUUCACCGAUUAAGGAUUAACGAACCGUGUACGAGGAUUUAAACCGUCCACCUUAUACGUGGAUUGUGCGAUAACGAUAGUGUUUGAGAAUGAAUUACCGGAUUUUUAUAAAGGAAAUGAUGCCUA